AUGCAUCUUGAUGUUAUCUUGCUAGUUCAAACAAAAUGCAAAACAUCCUCUUUCCAAAAUCUAGUUGGGUCCCCCGGAACAUCGCACCACCCGGCAACAUACAUCGCGCCCAAGCAAAUCCCAUUCCGCGGGCCGGAUUCCCCACCACUUACCCACCCAAACCCUAGGUUUCCCAUGGUGCAAGCCGCACCCAGCUCCGCCACCGCCACCGCCACCGCCGCCCCCGUCCCCGACGCCGACCCCGCCACCCCGCCGUCCCGUCUCCUCUCGAAACAUCGCCCGCGACGCCGUGCAGCGCCCCCCCGCCCGACCUUGCCGCACCCCGCGCCCACGCGCGGCCUCCCCGAUCUGAACCGCUGCCACUGCUGCUCCGUUCGCUUCCAGCAGCCGGCGCCGGGCGCCAAGCGACGUCCACUCCGUCCCCUCCGCUCCCUCUGGCGCGUCGUCCUCCUCUGCUCUGAAUGUAUCUCCCUCCUUCGCUCUGGCGCCGUCUGCUCCUACUGCCUCAACCUGGACAACCUGCCGCAUGAUGACUCAGCCACCUGCCGCAGCUGCAAUUGCUGCGUCCACCGCCACUGCAUCCCCGCUGAGCACCGUACUGCCCUGAUCCAGCCUGUAGAUUUGGAGAAUUUCGUCUGCGUCGAUUGCUGCCCUACAGUAAAGGUGGGUAGCAAGAAUGUGGGCGCCGAAUCUGUUCCUAAGCUGGAGUUGGUCAUCAGAGAGCCUAGUCCUGCAGUGCGGAGGAAGGGGGGGCCUGUCGCUGCUGCUAAGUUGAAUUCGCCGAGGAAGGUUGUGGAGGAGGUGAGGCCAGCUUGGAAGGAUGCGAUGGCCCUCGUUCCUGUAGGCGAGGAGUCAGAGAGCAAGGGUCCCAGUGAUCCGGACCUGCCAGACGAGGCAUUGGCGCUGCAGCUUCAUUUGGCGAUCAACGGGUCACCGAGGAUUUCACGUUCUGGCAGUGCAUCUGUGUCUGUCUUGGCAGGGCAGGGCAAGAGGCAGGGCAAGAGGCAGAAUGGAUUGGUUUAUGGAAGGAAGGUUAAUGAGGAUCUGGGACUUUGUGUAACCAAUAUGAUGGAUCAUCUGGACUAUCUUGAGACCGGAGCAGAGAUGGGAAGCAACUGGAAUGCUAGUCAGGAUUUAGGAUCUGAUCCCACAGCCCCUGUGGUUCUUGCACUGGAGUGUAAAGGUAAACGCCCUCAGGAGAGUCUGAGAGGUGAAAGGAAAGGUCUUCCUGAGACUAAACAACAUAAUAGUUUGGUGGAUUGGCAUAAGGUGGAUCGGUAUGAGAAGAAGUAUAGCAAGAGGAAAUCAAGUAAGCAGACAGAUGUUGAAAGCACGGGAAACAAGACCUUGCCCAAUGGAAAGGACAUGGAUGUUGGUGAAGGUGGUGAGGGCAUAACUCCUAUGACAUAG